CGGGGGACGUUUUUCUAUUACAAUUUUCACUGCCUUCCAUAGUUGGACUACGUUAAAAUCUUGCACAUGACAUUUUAGGAUGGAUUAAAUUAAAUAACGGUGUUGGAUUUUUUUUUUCUUCUUUCAAGCGAGGACACAUUAUUUUUGUGAUAUGGAAAAUCGAGGAAAACGUCAUCUUCAAAAUGUACAAUGGCGAUCAUUUUUAAUGUUGCGAUGGAAAAUGGUAUUUCUCUUUUUGUUAGCUACAUUCGGCGAUCGCGUAGCAGGUCAGAUCCGCUAUUCCAUCCCAGAAGAGAUGAAAAUGGGGUCCGUUAUUGGUAAUGUAUCCCAAGACCUCGGUUUGGAUCUGAAAAGGCUCCGUUCGGGCCGUGCCCGCAUCGUAGGCGGAGAAAAUAUUCAACACACAGAGCUAGAGACAGACAAAGGGACUCUUGUGGUAAAUGGGAGAAUAGACCGAGAGCAGCUUUGUGGAGACGUGAUACCGUGUAGCCUCAGCUUCGAAAUAAUUUUGGAAAAUCCCAUUGAACUUCAUCGUGUCACUGUCGAAAUUUUAGAUAUAAAUGAUCAUGCUCCUUUCUUUCCUUAUAAAGAAAUCCAGUAUGAAACUAGCGAAUCUGCUACAACUGGAGCUAGAUUUCCCAUUGAAAGCGCUGUCGAUCCUGACGUGGGUCUAAACGCAUUGCAAAAUUAUAUUUUAUCACCAAACAAAUAUUUCACUCUGAAUCAACAUACGAAUCCAGACGGCAGUAAAUACGCAGAGCUGGUGCUACAAAAACCGCUUGACAGAGAGGAACACCCCACCCUGCCUCUGAAAGUAAUAGGAGUAGACGGUGGAAACCCACAGAGGUCUGGUACAGUUGAUAUAAAUAUAACCGUUUUAGACGCAAACGAUAAUGCCCCUGUAUUUAAUCAGUCAAUUUACAGAGCUUUCGUUGUGGAAAAUGCUCCAAAGGGGACUUACAUUACUAAAGUUAACGCUACGGAUGCUGAUAUUGGCAGCAACGGGGAAGUCAUCUUCAGCUUUUCAAAAAUCAGAGGCAACACAGUUGAUAAAUUUACUAUAGAUGAAAAAACGGGCGUCAUAUCAGUUGGCGGUCCUAUAGACUUUGAAAAAGAGAAAAAAUAUGAACUCAGGUUAGAAGCAAGGGAUAGAGGGGGAUUGACUGGUACAAGUAAGGUUAUAAUUGAUAUUAUUGACGUCAAUGACAACGCUCCAGUUAUUAAUAUCAUGUCAUUUUCCAGCUUAGUAUCGGAGGAUGCACCAGUUGGCACAACAAUAGCUGUCAUUAAUGUCAAGGAUGCUGAUUCAGAGAAAAAUGGGCAGAUAAAAUGUACUAUAGAAAAGACGCUUCCGUUUAAGAUCCAGUCGUCUUUAACCAACUACUACAAUUUGGUGGCAGAUCAGCAAUUUGACAGAGAAACCACAUCUGAAUAUAUAAUUACAAUAACAGCCACGGACCUGGGCUCUCCUCCUCUUUCCAGUACAGUCACAAUACAGCUUAGAGUAUCUGACGUAAAUGACAACCCCCCGUUGUUCGAUAAAACCUCGUAUUCUGCUCACAUCACAGAAAACAAUUCACCUGGGAUGUCGAUCACUUCUGUCAAGGCAAAAGAUUCGGACUGGAGUCAAAACGCAAGAAUCUCAUAUUUUCUAGAAGACACACGCAUUAGUGGUAACCCAGUCUCUAACUAUGUAUCUGUAAACUCUGAAACUGGUGUGUUACACGCAAUUUGUUCCUUUGAUUAUGAACAGCUUAAAAAGCUCGACCUUAUAGUCAAAGCGCAGGAUGGAGGCUCUCCUCCACUCAGCAGCAAUGUGACUGUGAAAAUAUUGAUCCAAGACCAGAACGAUAACCCUCCUCAGGUUCUGUACCCGGUCCAGACUGGUGGCUCUGUGGUGGCUGAAAUGGUUCCUCGUUCAGCAGAUGUGGGUUAUCUGGUCACUAAAGUGGUGGCUGUUGAUGUGGACUCUGGACAGAAUGCCUGGCUCUCCUAUAAACUCCAGAAAUCCACAGACAGGGCGCUGUUUGAAGUGGGAUUACAGAAUGGAGAAAUAAGAACUAUCCGCCAAGUGACUGAUAAAGAUGCUGUCAAACAAAGACUGACUGUUAUCGUGGAGGACAACGGACAGCCCUCUCAUUCAGCUACAGUUAUUAUUAACUUGGCGGUGGCGGACAGCUUCCCUGAAGUGCUCUCGGAGUUCACCGACUUCGUACAAGACAAGGAGUACAAUGACAAUCUGACUUUUUACUUGGUGUUGGCUCUGGCUGUAGUUUCGUUCCUCUUUAUCACGUGUUUAGUGGUUAUUAUAUCAGUGAAAAUCUACAGAUGGAGACAGUCUCGCAUCCUGUACCACUCCAACCUCCCUGUGAUUCCAUAUUAUCCUCCACGUUACUCAGACACUAUGGGAACAGGAACUCUUCCACAUGUGUACAAUUACGAGGUGUGCAGGACUACUGACUCCAGAAAGAGUGACUGUAAGUUCGGCAGAGCUGGUAGUCAGAACGUGCUGAUAAUGGAUCCCAGUUCUACAGGAACGAUGCUGAGGAUACAGAAUGAAAAAAGCAUCUUGGAUGAGCCAGAUUCUCCUACAGAGGUCAGUUGA